CUUGAAGCAUGCCGAUCUUCGGAGCGGCAACCGCGGUCAACACCAUUGCGGGGAAAGCGCGAUAAGGUGACCCGAUCCUUUCAACUGAUAGGUUGCAAGUGGGAAUGAAGUUGGGGGCCUUGAGGCUCAUCGUGGAGAGACAAACUCCCCGCACUUCGGCCUGAGAAUGCUUCUAAUCCUGGCCACAACAAAGCGAUAUAUCCGCGAUGAGGGAGCGGCUUGAUGCUUGACAGCAUUCAUGGCUCGAAAGAAGCGUCAUUACGUACCCAAAGUCAAAGGCUGUUACGAGUGUUCACAACGUCGUAUCGACUGCGAUGGCACACGUCCUAGUUGCGCAAAGUGUAAUAACCGCGGAAUCGUUUGCAGCGGCUUCCAUCUGAGGUACAAGUUCCUUGAUGGCUUUUCGUCGCCGCGGAAGUCCACUUCUAAAGGUCGAAGCGCGCUGCUGAAGGACGCUCUUGCCCAGGCAUCGGCGUAUGGAACUCUGAGAACCUCGUCAAAGGUCCUAGAAACGUUUCGGGCAUCAGCCUGGGACGAUGAGUACUGGAACAGCUCAGCUUGUUUCCAAAGAUAUGAAGUCAAGGGACCCAGUCAGGGUGAAGGUUCGGGUACAGAAUCAGAUCGUGUUAUCAGUGGCUCAAGCAACGAGGAAGCAAAUGGGGUAUCACUUGAUACAUGCAUCAUCGACGAUGUCUAUGUGUCUUUCGACAAAACUUCCAUGCAGCCAUUCUCGCCUGUAAAUCUCAGCAUCCUGGAACCGUGGAAAGAGUUCCUGCUGACACAUUUUUCAGACGCCAUCGCACCAGAGAUGGUUGUAGUUGAUGACAUCUACAACGGCUGGCGACACUUGAUCCUACCGGUUGCUUGGUCCAACGAAAUGGUGAUGGACGCUGUCCUUGCCGUGUCAGCAUUUCAUCUCUCUGGUAGAGCCAUUUUGCUACCGCAUCUUAAUCCAGACAGGCUUUAUGCUUUGGCAAUCGGCCAACUCUUGUAUCGGAAGGACCUGACAGAUUGGAGCGACGAGACCCGACAACAUGUGGUCCUUGCCAUUGUUGUCCUUCUGGUUUCUGUCAUGGUCAACGGCAUGCCGGAUUUCCCCAUAGUCUUCCAGAUGCUGGAGGCAUCUAUCCAAGCUAUUGGUGGUGAAGAGACUCUGGCUGACGGAGGAGAGAUGGGAGGUUUUCUCUUGAGACAGAUUCGCAAGAUGCGGGCCUACGCUGCACCCUUGGUCAGCCAAGAUGCCGGGAUGAAGGCGUUAUCAUACCACGCCCAGAAGAGUUUUGACUGUCUUUACUACUACUACAGCUUAUAUCCCGGCCAUUGCCCAACGUUUGACCUCAUCGCCGACAUUCGCCAGCAGGCCUUUAACAUGUACCUCCGCAGAGCGUUGACUAACGUUGAUGACAACACCCCAUCGCCCUCAUCUGUCGAUGCCACCGAGACCUUUCAAAGGAGCUUGGAGGCAUUCCCAGAAGGCGCACUAGGCGAACACAUACUUAUCUGGCCUACGUUCAUUGCUGCGCUUGAGUGCCAUACCUCUGAGCAGCGCCUAUUCUUUGAAAAUUUCCUACUCAGGCAGUAUCAUCGCAACAAUUUCUUGAAUAUCCCCAAAGCUUUGGAUUUUCUGAGAAGAAUCCGGUCGCAGGAUACACACCGGCUUACUUGGCCUGCACUUAUCCCGAAACUUCGGGUUUUUGUCAUGUAGAAUGUAGCCGGAAUUACUACCAAUAUAUAGGCCUUUCUGUCUUGAAGGCAAGCAGCUUCGUUCAAUACAUAUCCACGCGUCGAACAC